CCCACAGAGAGGGCGAGAGGAAGGGGGGAGGGGGUGUGGGCGAUGCUGGGCGGUGGGUAUUGCGUUGCGGGGCCCUACGCCCUGGAAACGUGUGCGGUGUUGCUUAACGGAGCCGUCAUAUCCCGUCACGGUUCCGUAGAUAAUAAGUCCCAGGCGGCUCCCACCGUUACUCAUUUAAGUGGCCUCGCGUGGACGAUCCGGCACCCUGCUACUAACGUCGUCUGCCUCCCGUCCCGUCGCGUCUUCCAUCCGCCUGGUUCGAUCCGGGAACCCUGACCCUAACCCUAACGCCGCCACCGUCCCCAUGGCCUCCUGCGACGACGACUUCGCCCUUCUUGGUGACGAAGCCCAGUCCCAGCCCCCGCCUCCACCGCCGCCGCAGCAGCAGCAGGCGGGCGCUUUCGCGGCGGCCCACCGUUACGUGACGAAAGGCGCGCUCCACAUCCAGUCCCGCCCCCUACCUCCACUCGCCACCAUCUCCAGCCCCAAGAAGGGGGUCGGCGGCGGCGGCCACGACGAUCCCGAGGACUUCGGCGAGGCCUUCAGCCAGACCGACGCCUCGAAUCGCCCCGGGGGCGCCCCUGCCUUCCCAGAAGUCAGCCCCCACCACCACUGCUUCGCCGACGACGCCAACCCCUUCGGCCCCCCGCAGCCCGACGACGACGAUGACGCCAACAACAACCCCGAGCGCAAGUCCCGCGGGGCCGCCACGCCCGCCUCCCGCCCCCUUCCCCACCACCACGGCCCGCCGCCGUCCUCCCGGCCGGACCCCAAACGCAAGGACCGAGACGAUGUCAGUGACGGGGAGUCGCCCUACUGCUACAACAGCGCGGCCAAGAAGGGCCGCCACAUGUCCUCCUCCGGGGACUACCGCAAGGACCGGGAGGAGUGGAGCGACACGGCCAUCGGCAACCUCCUGGACGCGUACACGGAAAGAUAUGUUCAGCUGAACCGGGGGAACCUGCGGGGGAGGGACUGGGAGGACGUCGCCACCAUCGUCAGCGACCGCUGUGACAAGCAGAAGGCCGGCAAGAGCGUGGAGCAGUGCAAGAACAAGAUCGACAACCUCAAGAAGCGCUACAAGGUCGAGUGCCAGCGCCUCAGCAGCGGUGGCCUCGCCGUCAGCCACUGGCCCUGGUUCAAGAAGAUGGAGCAGAUUGUCGGCUCCUCCUCAUCCUCCUCGAAGACUGCUGGGGAUGAAGACAAGUCCGGCGCCCUAGGUGGCACCGGUGUGGUCACAAGGCAGAUGAAAAGAUACCCAGCAGCUGCUUCUGGGCCUGUAAACUUAACAAUUAACUCGAAAAUGAAAUCAUUAACAAAUCCAAGGUGGAAGAGAGUGGUUUUGAAAAUUAGUGGUGCUGCAUUAGUUGGGGCCGGUCCCCAGAAUGUUGAUGCGAAGGUGACCAUGCUUAUUGCUAGGGAAAUUGCAAUGGCUAGCCGUGUUGGUGUAGAGGUGGCAGUUGUUGUUGGAGGUAGAAAUUUCUUUUCUAGUGACAGCUGGAUAGCUGCAACUGGCAUUGAUAGAGCCACAACCUAUCAAAUAAGUAUGAUGGCAUCAGUAAUGAAUGCUAUAUUGCUUCAAGCAUCAUUGGAGAAGAUUGGCGUUGAAACACGUGUACAGACUGCAUUAAUGAUGCAAGAGAUUGCGGAACCAUACAUAAGGCGACGAGCUAUCCGUCAUCUUGAAAAAGGAAGGGUUGUUAUAUUUGGUGGAAUUGGUGCUGGGACAGGAAAUCCACUUUUCAGCAAUGACACAGCAGCUGCCUUGAGAGCUUCUGAAAUUAAUGCAGAUGUUGUUCUAAAAGGUACUACUGCCGAUGAUGUUUAUGACUGUAAUUCCAGAAACAGCAAUAAUGUUGCAUUUGAGCACAUUUCAUUCAGGGAAUUGGUUUCUAGAGGCUUCACCGCCAUGGAUAUGACAGCAAUUACAUUUUGCGAGGAAAACAACAUUCCAGUUGUUCUCUUUAAUCUGUUGGAGCCUGGAAACAUUUCAAGUGCACUAUGUGGGGACCAAGUCGGUACUCUAGUUGACCAGACCGGGGGAAUUAGCUGAUGGUAUAUAAUUCUUUGCCUAUCAAAGGUUACACGGGCUUCUUUGUCUGUCUGUCUCAUGCUUCCAUCAUGAGUUAAGACAAUGAUUGUGUCAGAGAGAGAUUGGCAGAUACAAAAUUGUCACCUUUGUGCAAUGUGAUAAUUUUGUUGCAGGUUGUACGAAUAUGUCAACUUAUGUUAAAUUCCCACCACCACCAAGUUUCUGGUGAAAAUAAAGUUUUAUUGCACUGUGUUUAUUAAAUUUUGUUGUAAAUUAUUUUAGUGUAUGGUACAAACUGGUUGAUCGGGAGGAGCCCUAGACAGAAACAGUAAAUGUUAAAGUCUCCUGGACUUCUUAAGGAUGGAUUAGAAGUAUGGUUCUUUUUCAGUGGGGUUGAUUUCAUGUACCUUCCU